AUGGGCUCGCUCAUUACUCACUUGGCCGUUCGAUUGGGAUUGCUUGAUCUCGACAAGGAACACAAGUUCGCUCUAGCUCGCGAGAUUGAGCCAUUGGAUCUGCGUAACUUAGAGAGGAUGGAGGUUAUUUUCAAAGUGGGAGAUGUAUACCAGAUAACGCCUCCUGGAGAUGUAUAUGUUCUGUUGGAGAAAUUGUCAAUGCUGGAAUCUGAAAGAGCAUGUGCCCACGAAGAUUCCAAGGGACUCAGUGAACAGGCAAGCCAAGCUCAAGCUCAAGCUGCAACAUUGAAGGAAGCCCUCACUAAGUUAGAAACUGAAAAAGAGGCUAAUCUUUUGCAGUACCGCCAGUGCUUAGACAGGAUAUCUGAUCUGGAGAAAACCAUCUCUCGUGCCCAAGAGGAUGCUGAGGAACAUAAUCAGAGAGUUAAUAAGGCUGAAAUUGAAGCUCAAUCACUUAAAGAUGAACUCACCAAGGUGUCUGCUGAAAAAGAUGCUGCACUUGACCAAUACAUGAGUUCUCUGGAGAUGAUAUCGAACCUGGAGCACAAAUUACAAUGUACUGAAGAGGACAUCAGAAAGUUGGAGCAGCGAGCUGAGAAGGCUGAAAAUGAGGUCGAAACACUGAAGCGAGCUAUUUCCAGCUUGACUCAGGAGAAGGAAGCUGCAGAGGUUCAGUAUCACCAGUGCUUGGAAACUAUUUCUAGUUUAGAGCGUAAUCUCUCUUCUGCUCAGGAGGAGGCUAAACGUCUGAACGUUGAGAUAGAGACUGGAAUUGCCAACUUAAAGGGUGCUGAGGAGCAAUGCCUCCUUUUAGAAAGAUCAAAUCACUCUCUGCAGUCUGAGGUGGAAGUCUUGAUGCUCAAGAUGGGUAAUCAAAGUCAAGAACUUACAGAAAAGCAGAAGGAACUGGGAAGACUUUGGACUUGUAUACAAGAAGAGCGCUUGCGUUUUGUGGAGGCUGAAACUGCUUUCCAGACACUGCAGCAUUUGCAUGCCCAAGCACAGGAAGAACUUCGAUCUUUAUCCUCAGAGCUCCAGAAUAAGGUUCAAAAUCUGAGGGAAAUGGAAACUCAUAAUGAGAGGUUGCAUGAAGAAGUUCUGAAGGUGAAGGAGGAGAAUAAAAGCCUCAAUGAGCUGAGAGUUUCUUCAGCAAUUACAAUAAAAGAUUUGCAGAAUGAGAUAUCUAGCUUAACUGAAACUAAAGGGAAACUCGAGGAAGAGGUUGAGCUUCGACUGGACCAAAGAAAUGCUCUUCAGCAAGAAAUCUACUGUCUAAAAGAAGAACUAAAUGACUUCAAUAAAAAACACUCGUCCAUCGUGGAGCAGGUACAUGCAGUAGGACUGCAUGCAGAUUCAUUUGGAACAUCAGUGAAGGAAUUGCAGGAUGAGAACUCAAAUCUGAAAGACUCCUGCCAGAGGGAAAGAAGUGAGAAGUUAGCUCUUUUGGAAGAACUGGAAAUUCUGGAACAGCUUCUUGAGAAAAAUUCCAUUUUGGAGAAUUCUCUAGCAGAUUUAAAUGCUGAACUGGAAGCUGUUAGGCACAAGAUAACAGCUCUAGAAGAAUCUUGCCAAUCUCUUUUGGAGGAGAAAUCAGCUCUUCUUGAUGACAAGGCAUCAUUACAAGCUCAGCUGCAGGAUGCAAAUCAAAGUUUGGAAAAUCUCUCAGAGAAGAACACUUUUCUAGAGAAUUCCCUGUCUGAUGCUCUUGAUGAACUUCAAGGUUUGAAGACAAAAUCAAGGAGCUUAGAAGAGUCCUGCCAGUUGCUAGUUGAUGAGAAGGCUAGAGUUGUCGCUGAAAAGGAUGUUUUGACUUCUCAACUUGAAAGCACCAAUAUGAGACUAGACAAUCUAGAGAGAAGAUAUGUAGAACUGGGAGAACAGUACUCAGAUCUGGAGAAGGAGAAAGAAUCAUCAGAUUGUAAGUUACAAGAAUUACAGAUUUCUUUGGAUGUACAAAAGCAAGAACAUGCUAGUUUCACCCAUACAAGGGAGAUGCAGUUGGCUUGUUUGGAAAGUGACAGGAGUCUCUUGCAAGAGGAGAUACAUUCCAGUAAGAGAGAAUUCAACAAGGAGCUGGAUAACUCCUUUCAUUCCCACAUUGAAGUCUUUAUCUUAAGAAAAUGUGCUAGGGACCUAGAAGAAAAAAAUUUCUGCCUGUCAGCCAAGAAUCAGAAACUCUUUGAGACAUCUAUAUCAUUGGAGAAGAUGCUUUAUGAGUUAAAGAAAGAUAAUCUUAGCCAAAAAGCUAAGAUUAUCUCCUUGUCUGAUGAAGGCUGCACUCUGAGGAAGGGGAUAUUCCAGUUGCUCAAGGCUCUUGACAUUGUUCCAAUCCAUGAUAGUAGCAAUAGGAGUGGGCAAGACCAAACUUUUCUGAAUCACAUUCUAAGCAAGCUUGAAGGUGCCAAAAAAUCUAUGUAUGAAACUGAAGAAGAAAAUCUGCGACGGUCUGUAGAGUUGUCAGUUCUUGUUGCAAUGAUUGGACAACUAAGGAUUGAUGCACAAAAUCUUGAGUUGGAGAAAUGCAUCAAUGCCCAGGAGUCAAGGAUCAGACAUGAGCAGCUGUUUUCUUUGCAGAAUGAGGCCCUCAAGCUGCAUGAGAUGAAUGAAGAACUAAGAACACAACUAAUAGAGGGAGAUCACAAACAGGAAUCCUUACUAACUAAAGUUUCAGAUUUACAGAAGAAGUUGCAGGAUUUACGAGGGUCUUACCUUGAUUUGCAGAGUGAAAAUUCAAAAACUCGUGAGGAGAAAGGAUCCUUAACAAAGGAGUUCUUAUUGCUGGGGGAAAAAAACGGUACACUGGAAGAGGAAAACUCUGUUGUCUGCAGGGAAAUGCUAUAUCUGGGUCACCUUUCUUCCUUCUUCAGGAGCUGUGUGGAUGAU